AGUAUACGUAUAAGUUGUAGGCGUAAUGCUUUAUUUUAUUAUACGUUUAUUAUGCAGCAAAAAAUUUCAAAUAUUGCUAAUAGUUCUAAUGAACUUUCGUGAUUGGGUAGACUACAUGAUAAGAAUAGAAGUUGAUGAUUUUCCAAUUGCUCAUCUUCUAGGUAAAAGCGUAGUUAAUAAUUGCCGACAUAUACUAGCAAAUUUGGAUUAUGACGAAUCGAAUACACACAACAUCAUAAGCCAUUUUGUGUCGAGAGUCGGCAGACAUAGAAAAACACAAAUCUUUCGCUCAAAAAUCACUGGUCACAAAAUCAUCGGAAAGAGCUAUCCGAAAAAUUAUAAGACAAUACGUGCACUUACUUUUCCACUAAACAGUGAAUAUCUGCGAAAAGAGUACCUCACUCAAGCUGUUGGAGCUGAUUUACAGAUCUGUCCACAUGCGAGUAUACAACAAUUUGUCAACUUUUUCACCACACAUAGCGUAUACAAUGAAACCACUGUAUGGCUGCUCAUGCUCACCAAUCCCCAGCUGCUUGUACAUCCUUAUCUUGAGCAUCACGGUUUUCCGGUGCCACAGUUGUUUGGCGUAUGUGGUUUGACCACAUUUCAGGAGCAUGUCGGCCAAACGCUGCAACAUUUCUACAAGGCAAAUUUCGAAAUCAAAUUGCGUAUAGCCAAGCAAUUGCUUGAGUCUGCUUUGAAGUUCACCAAUGGCUUUGAGGGUUACCGCAUGUAUAUAACCGAUUUAACGGCAGACAAUCUAAUCUACAAUGAGGAACGUGAUAAACUCUAUUUUAUUGAUUUAAAUACCGCUUUUAUAGUGGAUUCGAAGCACACAAUCCAUAAAGAUGGCAUAGAUCAACAUGAAAAUAUUGAAUGCGAUGAUUGCUUUGCCUUCGUGCCGGAUCGUUUGUGCACGUAUGGCAUAAGCGAUGUGAAUUUACUCGAAUCGUGCCUGUUUUUGCGGGAGAAUUUGAAGCGUGAUCGCACGAAAGGUUUCCUCAAACCAAUACCGGCGGAAAUCACAGCAAAGUAUCCCAAUUUGGAGACGCUGCUCGACAGCUGUGUGGAUGGUGUAAUAAAAACGGGAACGGAGUCGGUUGAAGAAAUGACGCGUUUUCUCACAACGCUCAAGUUAAUAGAAUUGUUCUCAGAUAUUUUAAACGAAUUUGAGGUUAUGUUGAAAAUUAAUUAGAAUAAUAAUUGUUUUAUAUAAUAUUUGUAAAUUGUUAGAAUGUAAGUGAAUU